AUGAUCUCCAUCGGAACAGUGGGUGGAAUCUACGGAACCCGUGAAAAGAGACUACAUGCCUAUAGAACCCAUAUGCUGUUGACUGCUGCUAUCGCCAUUGGACUUUUUUGCCUCUACACUCUGUCCAAUGCUCUUUCGUCUCCCGUGAUCUCCCACAGCAGAGACCAGCUGGGGGUCAGAGAGUACCCCAAAGUGCCGAACUCCGGUAUUUGUGACCCACAGUUUCCCGCUCACCAAAUGGACCACGUGACAAUUGACGAGCUGGAUUCGACAUUGAACCUCACCGACCGUCUCGACUCGUUGCUGGCCAAGAGCAGCUACAACAAGGGCAACUACUCGAUCUCCAUUUUUGGCCGGCAAAACGUGCUGUAUGAGCGAUACUCCAACAAGACCAACAGCGACAGCAUUUACCGAAUUGCGUCCAUCACCAAAGUGUUCACUGACCUGGCUACCUUGAUUCUUCGACAAAACCUCUCGCUCAGUCUUGACGAUGAUGUGAGAAGAUACAUUCCUCUGAAUCUCUCCGAAGAGUUCUCCAAUGAGCGGGUAUCAUUGCGAUCCCUGGGUUCUCAUACCUCUGGAUUCCCCGGUACCAUUGCCAAUAUUUUCAGCGACAUUUACUGGGACGACAAAGAAGGCGUCCUUCAAACCCCUAUUGACAACUCCACCUGUGACAGCUUCACGACAAUGUGUCGCAUGGAAGACAUUUUGGCCCAGUUUGAGAACUCGCACAUGACUUCCAUUCCCAACUCGUUCCCCGAAUACUUCAAUGAAGCCUUUGGACUUCUAGGAGAGGUUCUGUCUAGAGUCGACCCCAAGGAACGGUCCUACGACGACAUUGUCAUCCAGGAGAUCCUUGAGCCGCUCAGAAUGAAUUCUUCUUUCUUCGACUUGCCUCACGACCUCGAACAAAGGGGAGUCUACGACCCCGUGGGUAUGUUCAAUCUGGAUAUCCAGAGUAUGAGAGCCGCUGGGGGUCUCUAUUCUACUGCGACAGACAUGACCAGGUUCAUUCAGGGGACUAUGCUUGGAACGGCUCAUCUUUUGUCUAAAUUUGAGUUAGCAGAAUGGUUCCAACCCGUCGUUGCGCUUCCUAAUGGCGAUGAAAUUGGGUUCCCCUGGGAAACGGUGUCUGUCUCUCUAGGACGACGAACUACCAAGGUGUACACCAAGGGAGGAUCCCUUGGACAUCUUUCUCUGUCGUUUGCAAUUCCUGAAGUUGGACUAGGAGGCAUCAUCAUGACUUCUGAGAUUCCCGACUACGCCAAAAUUGCUGCAGAGAUAGCCAACGAGGUAACCCAGGUCGGAAUCAAGUACCUGGCUGGACUUUCUGAAAAAUACACUGGCACUUACGAGGGUUAUAACAGCCACGGUAACAAGAUCGUCAUCUCAAUCGAGGUUAACGCACAGUCCCUAUACGUCACCAGGGCAUAUAUUGGCGGUUAUGAUCUUCUCAAGGAGCAAAACACCUCCAGUGUUGGUCUUCAACCUACAGGACACGACGACCGCUUCCUCAUUUCCAAAACCACAAAAGGAUGCUUAGCGUGGGAGGCUAGAGAAAGAGCCACUAGUAAUUACCAGGGUCUGGAUGUGCUUGUAUGGAAUGACGGAGAGUGGUUAUUGCCUGCUUUCAACACAACUCUGAAGAAGACCAAUCCUGUCGUCAACUCUGCCUGGGUUGAUCUUGGUAAGAAGAUUGUUCUACCUAACCCCAUCACUGGUUUGUUUGAUGAAUAG